AUGCCGUCCGACAACAUUUCCCCGAAGAGCGCCCGCCCCGCUCCGCCGCCCGCGCCCCGCCCCGCCGCCGGCUCCGGCAGUGUGGUCCGCCCGCCCCGAGCGCCGCCCGCCGCCGCCGCCGCCCUGCAGCACUCGCGCGGGAAACUUUGCCGACGACCGACGCCGCGACACUUCCGCGACCGCGAUGAUAGCUGCGAUGGGCUCGGGCCCCCGCCAGUGAACCAGUGCACCGGUGCAGUGCAGUGUGUGCAGUGUCUGUUUGUUGGAAUAUUGUUUUGCUUCUUAGUGCCCGGAGACACCGAUAGCGAGCUUGUUGUGACUUUAUCUGCGCGCGUGGGUGAUGUGAGCCAGCAGUGCCCGCGGACAAUGGCCGCCAGGCCGACGCGGCGCGGCCGCCGACGCGCUCGCCUGCCGUAGCGCCCGCGACACUUCCGCCCGGCCCGGCGCGGCCGGCGCGUCG